AUGGCCCACUUCCGGCCGUCUUACCGAACUUACGGUGGCGACCGGAAGCUGGAGAUCGUGAACGGAAAGGUGUUCAGCGCCAACCAGAUCUACGUGCCUCGGUCGCGCUCUCCGGAUCCGCCACCUUAUCCUUCUCGCGUCAGCAAAACAAAGAAGAGCUCAUCGUCAUCGUCAUCGUCAUCGUCGUCAAUCAAGUCGUGGAGCCUUAACGAUCCAGAGAUGAAGAGGAGGAAACGAGUGGCUAAAUACAAAGUUUAUGCCGUCGAAGGGAAGGUUAAAGAGUCCUUCAGAAGAGGCAUUCGUUGGUUCAAGAACAAGUGCUCCCAGAUCGUUCACGGUUACUAG